AUGGAAGAGAAAACUGAAGUUUCACCAUUGCCUGCUAUUCAGGCUGGACUGAAAGUAGCCAACAAAGUGAAGAAGAAACGUGCUGGGAGGAAACAUGUAAAACCCAAAUAUGUUAAGAAACUGAGUUCAUUUGAAUUGCAGUACUCCAAACUUGGUGAGAACCUUAUUCCUGAGAAGAAGACCAUCGAUUACAUUCUUGUCCAUCCAGAAGUUCAAGGCAAAGAACAAGAAGAAUGCCGCCAGAAAUUUGAAAACAAACUGCUCAAAGAAGGAUUCCUCAUUGACAAGGAAGUAUGUGCAGGAAAAGUAUUCAAGAUUUUGAGCUGCCCUUUUAAAAGGUUGUGCAUGGAAGCUGAAAAAGUUAAGCUUCAGUUACCUUUGUCUCAGGCAAAACUUGUGAAAGUAAAUACCAGUAAUUGCUUUGAAAGAUUCAUUGAAAAAUAUUUUGUCACUGAUGAUGAAGUGGAUUUUGUUGGCGCUCCAUUUAAAAUAAUUUAUUACAUGAAAAACUCUCUCUCUUUUUAUCUAUCUAUCUAUCUAUCUAUCUAUCUAUCUAUCUAUCUAUCUAUCUAUCCUGCUUAG